CAGGUUUUAGGGAAGCGGACAGAAGCACAAAAGAGGUUUUGUUUUUUAAACUGUUACGUUUUUUGUUGCAAUGAAUCCGUUAGUGGGUUGCUCAUAUCGUGUGAAAUGAUAGACGAUGAAGUUUUUCAUUUUGGUGUUCCUUCAAGUCGUCGGUAAAGCACUGUCUGCAGUGGCACCAGAACCGCCACAGGACAUUUUUAUUAAGAACUGGCUGCUGACUUGGACUCCUCCCACUGAGCAAGAAGAUGUCACCUACACUGUCCAGUACCGCAGCUUUAACACCGCAAAGUGGAUAAAUGUAUCCACCUGCCUGCAUACGCGGCUGACAUCCUGUGACAUCACUGCCACCAAAUCGGCUGCAGAUUAUUUCUGCAUCAUGCUUCGUGUCCAAGCAGAGAGGCAGGGGCUGACCUCAAAAGCAGUUGAAGCCUGUAGCAACCAAGGUGAUUCCUGUUCACCUGAGUUCAGUCUGACUGCACGACCUGGUGCACUCACAGUACAUUUGAGCAGAAAUCACAGUUUGGCACUGGAGCAUGCGGACCACGCACAGCACAGGGUUUACUACGGCAAGGAAGGACAGCAACUGAAGAAACACAUCGAUGCUGCUUCCUCGGUGACCAUCCCAGAGAUGGAGGAGGGACAGCGCUACUGUGUGAAGGUGCAGCAUCUUCUCCACGGAAGGUCCAUUGGCCCACCAAGCUGCAUCCAGUGCGAAAUUAUCCCAGCAUCAAAAAACAAUCAGACCGUGAUAACAGUGGUUGUUGUGGUUGUGGUUGUGGUUCUCUUGAUACCAUCCCUGGCUUUCCUCAUCAUCUUCCAGCAGAAAAGAUUCAAGCAGUGCUUACGGCCUCCGUUCGAGAUGCCAGAGUCUAUUCGUGAGCCACUUCCUCAUAAUUACUGUGUCAUGGCCGCCGGCAGCCCUGAAGAGGAGCGAUAUGACAGGCUCUCCUUCGUUGUCCAAGAGCUUUGAGGUGUCGCUCGGCCGUCCUCCUGCUUCUGCGCGAUACCUCUCUGUGCUCGUCUGAGGUUUGAACCAGUCCAGAUGAUAAUGGAAGGCUUUUAAAAGUCUCUCUCUUUUUUUUCUUUAAAUUUGCUGUUUUGCUCCCUUAAAGUGCACCUAUUAUUUAGACUCCGUGCAGUCACGUGACCUUGAAUGUUGGCGCCACAAUGUUGGUUGGCAAAACAUGUCCUGGAUUCACUCACUGGGCAGCACAGUCUCGUUUGAGGGCGGGCACUAAAGGGGUAAAAUAUGACGUAUAUGAUGUAAUUUCUCUACUUCCGGGGUCUGAAACA